UCUGCAGCAUACAAGUCAAGCCACUAAUAGACACGCAACCCGCCCAUGUCCCAUUAUCGCCGUGCCGCACCCCUCUCCUUCUGCCCCAUUGCGGCUCGUCGCUCCCACAACCGUAGGCUGCUGAGCGCUCAGUGUGAUGGGCCUGACGGCUUCCGCUGCUGCCUCCCUCCCUAUCAGCUUCCCUAGCCGGGCCCACUAACCACCACUCUGUCGGGCCUCCGCCGCUUGACCUUCCGCAGCAUCUCGAGGAGCUGCAAACUGUCCAACGUGUCGGUCGACCCUGUGUCGCUCUCGCCCCCAUCUUGGUCAUCAUCGCCACCAGCUGCUGCAGCUGCUGCUCUGCUGUCUCGUUUGGUGGCUGCACGGGGGGCCACUCGGUCGUCAGCGGCAGGGGCGGCCGCCUCAGCCGCACUCGUUGCUAAGCCCUCACCUGAGCCGCCUCCCUGUCGGUGGUCCGCACUAAAAGGACAGGUGAGUAGUGCAGAGAAGCGCAAGUGGAGUCUUGUUGGUUUACCUGCCCUGCCGCUGCUGCUGCUGGGUGGGAGCGAGGGCGAGAGGCGCGUGCAUGCCCGAGAACAUCCCAGCGUAGGGGUUUGGCGCCUCACACGCCCGCACCAAUAUGCCGUAGGGGAUGUUGCCACCAGGUACAUUGGACGUCCACUCCUCUGUCACUCGGCCCUGCACGUGUGAGGGAACAACACGCGCCAAUACGCACACACAUAUAGGGGAGAAGCAGGCGGGACACGGAUGCGAUAUUCGACUGACCUGCAGGCCUCUCGCAGUGACAGUUCCCCCCUGCCGUCAUGGCAGACGAAGGUAUGUGGGUCUAUCAGCAGCUGAAACACGGCCUUAUACGGGCACCCAUCCAUCUGCACAUAAACACACUCACAGGGACAGAGAUACUACAAGAGAUGGCCCCGCUUGUAUGUACUCUCUCAUCUCACCACGAAGCGCUCAGCAAAACCUGUUUCGGAGCCCUCAACCAACGGCGAACAGAACGAGUACCCCGUGUGACCCAUGGCCAUCCAGCCCCUCUCCCACACGUCAGCGAGUGACGCGCGCCACUUUGGUGCCCGAAUGGACCUGUCCUCAACGAUCUUCUUGUAGGUGCCAAUCCGCGUCCCGUGGUAUGCCGGCACGUAGCUGCCGAACCUCCUUCGCUCGUCAUCAGUGAGCUUGAUGGCGCGUCGAUACCAGCCAAGGGGAGGGAUGUAAGGGACUGGUGGGUCGCCCCUGAGGAUACCAACAAUACAGAGAGCAAGUCUUCUUCGGGCGGCUCCCUCGUGUGUGUGGCUGGUGUUCCUGUGCUCUACCUUGUGUACGGUUGGGUCGGCGGACUGUAGCACUUGAGGCAGAAACACUUGUCAUGCCUGAUGUGAUGGAGGGACAAACACAUUGCAGACACAACCGUGCUGAAGAGGUGCAGCGAUGGCCCACCCUCUGGCCGUCAUCUGCUGACCGCGAGUCGAGUAGAUGGGAUGGGAUAUCGAGGAAACGCAUCACCUAUCAAGACAGAAACCACACACAGCAGGCAUGCAGAUCAGAGAGAAGGCUGUGCGCUUUGCGUUCACCUUCUCGCUUUCCUCCUUCAUGCGGCACGGGCUGUCUUCCCUGCGACUCAUGCUGAUGCUUCUAUCACUCGAGCCUCAGGUGGCCUCAGCACAAACCAAUUGGAAGUCAGGUGCACGAAGGAGCAGAGCCGGAUGCUGAUUGCGCUUCACUGGAGUCCCGAUGACGACACUGAUACGAUGCCUGCUCCCUGGACUGCCAUCAGGAGCACCAACACUCGAA